AUGGACGACGAACGCGACGCCGCCGCGCCGGCCGCCGACGGAGGCGUGCGCCGCGCCGCGCGCCGGCGUGGCGGCCCGCCGCCGCCGCCGCCGCCGCCGCCGCGGGGGGCGUCGGCGGGGUCGCCGGGCGGGGCGGCGGGGCCGGCAACGGCGCUCGACCGCCGCCGCCGCCGCCGCCGCAGCCGCCUACCUGCAGCAGCGCUCAGCGAGAAGCGGCGCCUGGAGGAUGCGCGCGGCCGCCGACGGCGCGCCCUUCCUGCUCACGCUGAAGCUGCUCGCCAACGCGUUAAUGAGUUGCGCUAG